AUGCAUAUCCUCGUGGCGAUGCUCCUGUUAUCAAGCUGCUCAGCGCUGCGUGACCACAAGAGCUCAGACAAUGACAUUCGUGAAGGCAUCUCUUGGCCAAACCUCGCGGAGUUGCAGGAGAAGAUGGCAAACAAGCCGCAUCCAGAGGGGCGUCCGCGCUGGGUCUCUACAAAAGGGAUCUCGGACGAAGCGAUUAAGUACAUCGAGUCGGCUGCCUGGGCAUGCUACAACGAUGAUGAUUUCAGCAUGGCCUCAUGCAUCACUUUUCAGCUGGACAGGGAUUACAACCGCACGCUUCCCCGACAGAGUUGGGGAACGGUCUUGGGGAAACACCUGGGGGGUGUGAGUAUCGGCCCUCCUGUCAGAGCUCAACUUGUCUGGGGUGACCUGGUGAUCUACGUCUUUAGCUACUAG